AUGUGCUCGACGAAAACCCGACUGAACCUUUGGCAGCAGUUGGCUGUUGUUGAAGUAGGCGAGAAGCUGACGAGCGAUGCUUAUACAACUCUCUCGACUCAAUGCACCAGCGUGGACGCCUCCUACACCUGCAACUCUUGCUCACUGGGAUAUUCUGCCGUCGGGGGUACUUGUAAAGCCUGUGGAUUUGGCUGUGCCAGUUGUACAGGGUCCUCCUUUUGCACUUCCUGCAUUGACAAUACGAUUACCGUUUCCAAAGAUGUGGAAUGUCCACCAAGUUGCUCUCCCGAUUGUGCCUGCUGCUCCUCCAGUGGCAAAGGCAAAUGUGACAGAUGUAAUGAUGGAUAUUAUCUUGAUCUCGUCACCAGAACCUGCACGGUUUGUCCCACGUUUUGCACAACAUGUGCACAUGGUGCCAAAUGUCUCACAUGUUCUAGUGGAUAUUAUGUGGAUGCUGCUACUUCUUUAUGCAAAAGUUGCGGAGAUGCGAUAUCUGGUUGUUUAACGUGCUCUGAUAAAACCACUUGUACAAAAUGUUCUUCAUCUAAGUUUUUGAGUGGUUCUUCUUGUACAGCGUGUUCCAUUGCUAACUGCAUGUAUUGUAGUGCAACUGAUACUUGUUCAGAGUGUAAUGCUGGAUACUAUUUACAAUCUUCCAAGUGUAAUGGAUGCAACGUAGAUAAGUGUCUGAACUGUGAUACAGAGGAUAAUUGCAUAACAUGCGUUGCCGGGUUUUAUGCCUCAUCAGGAACAUGUGUCGCUUGUGAUGCCUCUUGUCAGACGUGCAGUGGUUCUUCUACCAGUUGUGUAUCAUGCAGUUAUAAAUACAGCAAAAGUACGGCUGCGGGCACAGGCAAUGGUGUAUGUUACGCAUGCAAUGUGGAAAACUGUGACAAGUGUGGUAGUGAAGCAAACAAAUGCACAACAUGCCGUGGUGGGUUUACUCUAGUAGCUGCUUCUGGUACCUGUUCAGUCGUGGUCCUUUUUACCGCUUUUUCUGUCGCCACGAUCGUCGUCGCCGCUGUCCUUGCUUCGACGGCGAUCGUCGACGCGGUAUGGUCGGUGUCGGUCAUCAGCGACGUGGCAGUCGCUUACGUUCACUUUCCUCCUGUAGGCGGUCGCUUCUCUGACCGGGACCCGCCACUACAAUAUCUUUUUUUAACCUCAGGGUCUGAAUACACGGGCGAAAAAGAUGUUUCGCCUUUCUUGCCGGGCGUACUGAUCGGCCUUUCAGUACGCUCGCAACGAUCGCAAGCCUAUCAUUUCUACGAUGAUUUCGACUGCGAAGCACGUGAUGACGAUGCUUUUCAUUACUAUUGUAAUGAUAAAGAUGAUGACAAAGAUGUCGAUGAAGGUUUUGAAAUUAGUACAGAAGUAGGCAGUGACAAAGACAUGGAAACUUUUGAUAUGCAGUGGGACUACUGCUCUGAUCUUUUUGCUAACUUGCCUGUUUUCAUUGAAAACAACAACAGCAGUGGCAAUAAUAGCUACAAUGAUUUCGAUACAACACUCACCAACAAUUCAAUUUAUAAUAAUUUUGAUAAGACUUUAAUCUUGGGUGGCAUUAAUUGGAAAUUAACGGUAUCAGUGAAUAUGAUUCUAAUGCUAAUGCGAAUGUUCAUUCAGGACAAGAAUUGGUGACAGACGAUAAUUCAAGUUUUGGGAUAAAGCCUCCAACAUGCACCUGAAAGAGGUUCUGGACGGCUUAAUUGCUGAUGAGGGUGAGUUUUUCAUCGCGGCAACAGUGGUUGACGGGUGCAUCAAAGCUAUCCUUCCGGUCAUUCUACAUCUCGUAAACUGUUUUAAUAUAUCCUCGACGGAAGUAUAAGAAGUCCAACUAAUUUUAAUAAUUUUUCUUAAAAACAACAUCUCAGCAGCAUCAAUUUUUUUCCCGUUUGUUUAGAAACCGUCCAGGACUUAUAACCGUAAGUGAGCACAAGAAAAAUAUAACACUUUAACAAUGUUAAUUUUGUUGAGAUUUUGAUUUUACUGUUAUGUAGUAUAGAAACUGGAAAUUGAAUAAAAAAUUGUGUUUGGU